AUGCUGUUGGAGAUGGGGAAGAUCCCUAUCUGCAUACAAAUGUUGUCAGAUGAAAAUUAUUUUAAGAUACGAAGAAACUUCCUUGAAACCAGACCGUUUCCAAACGUCCCGAGAGACGAGAAAAUGAUGGCGAUUUACGUUGAAGAUAAAUUUUUAAAGGAUGUUUGGGUUCAAUCACACAAGGAAACGAUAUCCAGCGAAUAA